CCGGAGUCUGGCAUCCGCGUCGCGAGUCGCCAAACCAAACCCACCGCCCUUAUAAAGACACCUUCCCCUUUCCCGUCGCCCUCCUCUGCCCUGCUCGAGCUCCCCUUCCGCGCUCCCUACCCACAAGCCUUUCCGCAGGUGCGCCGCCUCUGCGAGGUGGGGUGACUCCGUGAAUGGGUGACCUGGGAGGAGGAGACUGGCGGGAGGCGGUGGCCGAGAAGGGGUUGGCGGAAGCCGACGGCGGGCCCGACCAUCUGGUGAUCAUGGUCCACGGGAUCGUCGGGAGCACAGCAGAUUGGAAGUUUGGAGCUGAGCAGUUUGGUAAACUGCUCUCAGACAAAGUUAUAGUUCAUUGUAGCAACCGCAACAUGCACAAGCUCACUUUAGAUGGUGUUGAUGUGAUGGGUGAACGAUUGGCACAAGAGGUUAUUGAAGAAAUCAACAGAAGACCGUAUAUCAAAAAGAUAUCUUUUGUUGCACACUCUGUUGGAGGAUUGGUUGCUAGAUAUGCUAUUGGAAGACUUUAUAAACCACCUAAACGAACAUCAGAAAAUACUCCACAAACUCUGGAUGACAACAAUAUAGGUACCAUACAUGGACUUGAGGCAGUGAACUUUAUAACAGUUGCGUCACCGCAUCUUGGUUCCAGAGGAAAUAAGCAGGUUCCUUUCCUUUUUGGAGUUACUGCAAUUGAAAAUUUUGCAUGCUACAUCAUUCAUUUGAUAUUUGGAAGAACUGGCAAACACCUCUUUCUUACUGACAAUGAUGAUGGAAAGCCUCCAUUGCUACAACGGAUGGUGGACAAUUGGGGUGACCUGCAAUUCAUGUCUGCUUUGCAAGCAUUUAGGCGGCGUGUUGCAUACUCCAAUGUUGGUCAUGAUCAUAUUGUUGGGUGGAGAACAUCAUCUAUCAGAAAAGAUUCUGAACUACCCAAGUGGGUUGAUUCAACCAACAAGAUUUACCCGCAUAUUGUAUAUGAGGAACUAUCCAAAGCAGAAGCUCCUGAUCAAUGUGCUGACACAGAUAACUGCACACUAGAAGAACACCUUUUACAAGGACUUAAGCGCGUUUCAUGGGAAAAGGUGGAUGUUAGUUUCCACAAUAGUAAAGUAAGAUCUGCAGCACAUAGUGUGAUUCAGGUAAAAGAUCCUGUGAUGCAUAGCGAAGGUGCCGACGUCAUACAGCAUAUGAUUGACCAAUUUAUUCUAUAGUAAAAGCCCUGGUCUUUGGAAACAGACCUGGACCAGGAUACGUCAUUUGCUAACUGCGGGCUGAGUCACCAGCCUGGUGAGCACGUUUAUGGAAAUCCCAGGUAUAAGACUUAGUCUCUGAAUGGUGGAUCAGGUAUAUAGUUAUAGAGGGUGGAAACACGUGCGCAUGCCUGUUGGUUCAUUUAGUCAUAUGUGAUCAUAUACAUGUUGUACGGUGCAUGUAACUUUAGUACUAUCCUUGUCAUUGUAAAUGUUCAUUUAUU